CUAUAAAAACUUUGCAGCAAGAAGUAAUCGAAACUGAACUUAAUGACAGCAAUAUUAGAAUGCAAGAAAUCAUAAAUACACUCAUUAAUCAUACCCAAGCCUCUUCUAAUACACAAUCAUUAUACGUUUUUGAAGAAAAAGAUGAUUUUAUUAAAUUUGCAUUACCUCUUCUUGCCUAUCAUAAUUGGAUAAAGGAAGAUGAAAAAAUUGAUUAUCUUAUUCAUAAAUUAACCCUGAAAAUAUUGCCUGAUUACCAAGAAGAAAUUAUUCAAUAUGAAAUGGGAAUUGGGCGAAUGAGUCCUCACCAAAAAAUUAUAUGGAAAUUUGAAAUAAAUUCGAUUAGUAUUGAUGAAAAUUCUAUUUUUCGUUUAGAUGAAUCUACAUUUAUUAUUAGGUCAACCGAAGGUGAAGGUGAUUACACAAUUCAAAAAACCGGAGAUAAGCAAACAACUUACUUACUUCCCGAUGACAAUGAUAUUCAAACUUAUAAGGAGCGGACUAAUAAUAAUAUUAUCAUUAAUGACAUGGAAAAACAGAUAAAUGAAAUAAAUUGUCAUAUAGAUCAAUGGGUAGUGCGAAUAGGAAAUCUUCUUCAAAAAAUCGACUUAAAUAAUGUACCUUUAGAAAAAAAAAGAGAGAUUGUUAUUAAAUUAGAAGAA